AUGAGGUGCUGCUGCCGAGGGAAAAGACCAGACGAGAGCAAGGUGACCAAGGAAUUAAAGAUCCCGGAUCUUUUGGGUGUUGUCCUGGACCCUGAGAAAGCCCUUCUGCGCUUCGUACACUGUCCUCGACGGUCUUCCGUCCGUGUGCGAGAAGAUGUCAUCCUUCAGAUUCAGGGAGACAGUGAAGUCUUGAAGCAGACCGACAAAUGGGCCAAGGAGCUCUCCUCGAAGUGCCAUUCCAUGAAAGGCCCACGGAAAUACCGUGUCUUCAUCAAUCCCGCGAGUGGCAGUGGGCAGGCGACAGGGGAAAGAAAAGGAAGGACACUUGUUUUGCAGCACCCUCCCGGCUUUAAAUGCACAUCCACUUAUACCAUCUUAUACCCAAGCACGGCAAAGGUGAAUCCUGAGUCCUGUGAUGGCAUCAUUGUGGUGAGUGGGGAUGGCAUGGUCCACGAGGUCUUCAAUGGGCUCUCGAAGCGACCGGAUGCUGAAGCGGCUUUGAGGAAACUCCCCGUGGGCCAUAUCCCCGGUGGCAGUGGGAAUGCCUUGGCCACCAGCAUCAACCACUCUGCUGGGGAAAGCUUUGGGGCGCUGGAGGCGGCGUUCCUGAUUGCCAAGGGAAAGACACAACCCUUGGAUUUGAUGACCGUGUCGCAGCCAAGUCGACCCCUCAGAACUUCCUUCCUCUCAUUAUCUGGGGCCAUCAUCUCGGAUAUCGACCUGGGAUCAGAGUCAAUGCGCUUCUUGGGUGGUUUGCGCUUUGCUGUCUACGGAGUCUAUUGCCUUUUGAAUCCGAAGCCUCUUCAAGCAGAGCUCACCUACUGGCCAGCAACAGCCUCCACUGUUCCGGGAUCAUCACCUCCCCCGAUCGAGGAAGCCCUGCCUGAGGGGCCAUGGGUGACCAUCACGGACAGCUUCAACGUGUUUUGGGCCAUUAACAUGGCUUGGGCCUCCUUUGAUUCCCAUUUAGCACCUGGCCUUAGCAUGGGCAGUGGCACUUGGAAGCUCGCGCUCCUUCGCAACGCGAGCCGGGCCACUCUGACGAAGUUCCUGUUGAACCUAGAGAACGGUGGGCAUGUCAAUCUGGAGAAGGCGGAACUGCUAGAGUGUAAGGCCUUCCGGCUGUUGCCUCAGGGCUCCAGCGGCUCCCGUGAGCGCUUCUCCUUGGAUGGUGAGGAGGUACCCUUUGAGGGUAUCCAGCUGUGGCCCAGCCUGGGUGGACAUGUCUUAGGACCGAUCUCCGGAAAAUCGCUGGGUGGAUCUGUGUUCGUGGGCGGAUCGGAUCUAGUUUCUUCAUGUUUCUUCUUGGUCUUGGUUCGCUGGCCCCGACACGAUGGUGAGAAGAUACUGUAA